CAGCUAUGGCGCUUCCGGACUGGUUCACUCCGCUGUUCCUGGCGGCCGCGGCGUCAGGGCUGUUUUGUAUCUGUCUCCGGUACCGAGGGGUGAGGAGGAGCUUCUGCACCAAACAUUUAUUUAUGAGGAUAAUGGCUCGAACGGAAAAACCACUCUUCCGGAUCGCGUACACGCUGUACACACGGACUAAACUGGGGUAUAUGUUCUACAAGAGGCAACUGAGAAAAGCUAGAGAGAAAUUUCCCACUGGUCACUCCUCUGUCCAGCCAAUGGAUAUCAACGGUAUUAAGAUUGUGCCAAUUCCUAUACUGUCAGAUAACUAUAGUUACCUGGUGAUUGACAAAACAUCAAAUGCAGCUGUGCUUGUGGAUCCUGCUGACCCACAGGCUGUCCAGGCAUGCCUUGAGGAUGAAGGAGUGACAUUAGAAGCUAUUCUGUGUACACACAAGCACUGGGACCACAGUGGAGGCAAUAAAGGCCUGAGAAGACUUCACAGCUCCUGUCGAGUGUAUGGGAGUGCGAUGGACAACAUUCCGGGCCUCACCAACCCUCUGUCAGACAGGGAUUCGAUAGAUGUGGGCCGGAUGCACUUCAGAGCUUUCUUCACGCCAGGGCACACUGUUGGCCACAUGAUCUAUCUUCUGGAUGGGAAGUCCAUUGAUGGCCCGUCGAGUCUCUUCUCUGGAGACCUGGUAUUCCUUUCUGGCUGUGGAAGAAUCUUUGAAGGCAAUGCCUCUACUAUGCUCUCCUCACUGGAUGUGGUUGGCUCCUUGAGUGAUGACACCCUGUUGUGGCCAGGUCACGAGUAUGCUGAAGAUAACCUUAUGUUUGCUGCUGAGGUUGAGCCAAGCAAUGCUGCUAGGGAAAACAAAUUUCUUUGGGUCUUACAGCAAAGAGGGCAGAAAAUGUGUACGUGCCCGUCCACGAUGAGAGAGGAGAAGGAAUACAACCCUUUCCUGCGCAGCCACAGCCCGGAGCUGCACCAGGCUCUCAGCCUGCAGCAGGAGCUGGAGGAGGACUGGGCAUGCUUCAGGGCCCGGGUGCUGGAGGAGCUGCGCCGGCGCAAGGACGUUUACAAAGGCAGAUAGUGUCUGGAAAUACUGUUUCCAAAAGGAAAAAAACAAUCUCCAACAUGCAACUGUUGGCUUUCCCAGUUCCGGAUAAUGGGUGCAUGUUGGGAUUCCUCUCAGUGGAAGUUGUGUGAGUUUGGGUGAUUCCUGUGGAAUGCUGUUUAAAUUCCAUGAGCAAAAUUAGAAACUUGAAGUGACAUAAAAGGCAGAGGUACUGUUUGCUUGAGAGACCAAUGCUGCACGUUCUGCUCCCCUGCUGCUGAGUUUCAUAAUUGACUUUGCCUGAAGAUGGAGGAAGCCUUCAUGAUGAACAGGCUACUGCAUGAAGUGAUUUGUGGAGCUGAGAACAUGCAGCUAUUGAACAGCAAACACUGGAGAUACAGUGCACUGUGAUGUGGCAGCUGCUGCUGAAUUUCAUUCAGGAAGGAAAUUUCUUUAAUGUGCUUCAGCUCAUUGAACUGUUGAAUAAAUACUUUAUAUGCACUGUUGAUAGUUUCAUAAGUAAAUAAAUGGUGUUUAAUAUUUAUGGAAGUUUUAAAAAACAGAUUCCUUAUGUUACUUGGAGUGGAGAAUCAAUUCCUAAUUAAUUUCCACUGUUGGCAAUCUGGUUUGAGUGUAUGGUACAUAAAUAUGCACAGAUUCACUCGUAACUAUUGACUUCAGAAGUUGAAUGUUAAUGGCUUUCAAGCUGAAAUAGUCAUACUUUAAAUCAAUCGAGCAGAGGAAUUUACUAAUGAUUAUUAAAUGAUGACCAUUCUGGCAUAGGUCCAGGGACUCUUGUCGUGAAUGCAGAGCUUGUCUCUCCUGCAAAUUCUGGUACAUUUGAGUUUAAUAUAUUUUCAAUAAGUUUGCCAUCUUUAGAAUGGAGCACUUAAUGUUUGAAAUAUAAUCUUAUGUUGUUCAGCAACGUUCAGUAAACCUGACAGUGUUUGGUUACCUUUAGUUAGCACUUCGGACAUUUUAUGGAAAUUUCUAAUAAAGUUAAUAAUUUAAUUGAUGUCCCUGUUCCCCAAAACAGUUUGCAUGAUUAAUUUUAAUGUGGUGAAGGUUUGGAUGCAGAGCCUUUCUCUCUUUUAUUCCUUUGAAAAUAACAGUAAUGUGAUCUUUGGAUGUCCAUUAUUUCAGGUACUAGAAAUACAACAGAAUAACAUGGGUUUGACAAUAAAAUUGUGCUCAUCUGA